CCAGCGCCACCGCGAAUGGCGACGGCGGUCACAGCCUCCGCGACGGCGGCGACCCGCUUCACGCGCCUGGCGGGCGUCGGCCUCCGACACAGCAGCUGCCGCCUCCGCACCGCCGUCCGCUUCCAGCGCCCGGGUCUCACCACCACCGCGCUCCUCCGGCCCACCGAGCUCAAGCCCAAGGACCUGGGCCAGCCCGAGACGCUCGACUACCGCGUCUUCCUCGUCGACGGCGCCGGCCGCAAGUUCUCCCCCUGGCACGACGUGCCCCUGCGCGCCGGGGACGGGGUCUUCCACUUCAUCGUGGAGAUCCCCAAGGAGAGCAGCGCCAAGAUGGAGGUCGCCACCGACGAGGCCUUCACUCCCAUCAAGCAGGACACCAAGAAGGGCAACCUCCGUUACUACCCGUACAACAUCAACUGGAACUAUGGGUUACUUCCCCAGACAUGGGAGGACCCAACUGCUGCAAAUGCUGAUGUUGAAGGAGCACUUGGAGACAAUGAUCCUGUUGAUGUGGUUGAGAUUGGUGAAAGACGAGCUAACAUCGGGGAUGUUCUUAGGGUGAAACCAUUGGCAGCUUUGGCAAUGAUUGACGAGGGGGAGCUUGACUGGAAAAUUGUGGCCAUUUCUUUGGAUGAUCCCAAAGCAGCUCUUGUGAAUGAUGUGGAUGAUGUUGAGCAGCAUUUUCCAGGAACAUUGACUGCUAUCAGAGACUGGUUCAGAGACUACAAGAUACCAGAUGGUAAGCCUGCCAACAGAUUUGGCCUCGGCAACAAGCCCACAAGCAAGGCAUAUGCCCUGAAGGUCAUUGAAGAAACCAAUGAAUCAUGGGAGAAAUUGGUGAAGAGGAAGAUUCCUGCUGGAGAGCUCUCACUAGCCUAAGACCUAGGUCCAUGAGCAGCCAACAUAUCCAUUCUUUCAGCAUGCUGUUUUUAUGUGAUAUAUGCAUUGCUUCUUUCAUCUGGGAAAACUCUUUGCAAACCUGCUGCAUGUAACAGGAAUAAUCUGAUUUGAGUGAAUAAGGAAUUUCCGAGCAAGUUUUUCAGAAGGGAACCAAA